AUGCCUCCAAAGGGCAAAGGGAAGAGGAAAAAAGGAGCGAAGCAACACAAAAAGGGAAAUGCAGCAGCAGAAAGCCAAGCUGCAGCCACAUCCAGGAGAGCAGCGCUGGAGGCUGACAGGCUGCAAGAGCACCCAGCUCACUGGAGGGAUGUGGCCUGGCAGAUGAGGGCUGACACUGAAGGGCUCCGGCGGAGGCUGUGGGAGCUGGAGCAGGCACUGGAACGGGCGCAGGAUGACAAGAGAGACAUGCACGAAGAAAUGACCCGGCAAUACCAGGAGCUGCAGAAGCAGACAGCAGCACACAGCCAGCGCCUGGAGGCAAAAGUGAAAAGCCUGCAGGAACAGCUGGCCACCAGGCUGCAGGAAACCCAGCACACCCAGCAGGCUGCCACCAAAGCACUUGCAGAGAGGGACAGGACCAUCGCCCAGCUGCAGGGCAGAAUGGACAUCAUGCAGAGGGAGUAUGAGAAGAUCUUCCACGACAGCCUGGACCUUGUGCUGGCCAAGAUGGCAGAGGCCAGGCAGCACUGGGAGGAGGAGGGCACAACCAUCUGCCUGGAGCACAAGCAGCACCUGCAGGAGUUCGGCCUCAACCCCCUGGAGAUGUAGCACUCAGGGACCCCCCACA